UUGAUGUCCAACUUUCAGCCAUCCGGCUUGGACGCCAGUUCCAAGGACCUGGCACUCUCUGCUUUAAGAGCGAACCAAGAGCAUCAGUACGCCCUCGCCAAGCAUGCCGAAACCCUUGCUGCACAGCUUUAUCAGCUCGACAAGCUUCUUGUUUGUUUGACCUAACCCAAACUGUUCAGCCGUUAGUAAACCGCGCCUAUAGCCACAAGCAGAUAUACCAGAUGAAGAGGCAGAGCUCAAUAGCGAUUUCUAUAUCCCGGGCUCCUCGCAGCCGACCGCACCCGUCAGGAAUUUGAACAAUCUUGACUCUCCGUUUCAUCGGGAUGGUUUGAAAAGGACACGCUACGUUGAUUUUAUUUCUCGGCACUCAAUGUCCGCGAAAGAAAACGAGGCUUUGAAAGGAGCUGUCGAGGCUGAGAUCAAACGUGUUGAAGCUUCCGAAGGUACCUCUGACAUCCUGAAGAGACUCAACUGGUCCGUCAUAGCUGAGAAGGUAUCUGACGCCUCUUCAUAUGCACGCUCUGCCGAGGAAUGCCGCAUCAAAUGGCAGGCGAACUGCAACCAAAAACCAUGGAGUUCGCAAGAAACACAGACGUUACAAACGAUCAUCGGAAAGCGCCCCGCAGGGUCUCCGAUCAAUUGGGUAGACGUCGCACGCGAACUAGGGACCAACCGUCUCCCUCUCGAUUGCAUGCGGCACGGCGCGAGCCGGACGAGACACUCGUGGACUACGGAAUCUGACCGCAAGAUCCUCGAUGCCGUCAACCAAUACGGGCAAUCGUGGAGUCUGGUGGCCAAGUUUGUUGCGUCAGAUCUUACGCCUCAGCAAUGCUCUGGCAGAUACGCCCGUUUUCUGGACCCUUCGGUUCGCCGUGGAGCGUGGACAACUCAAGAGGACGCACGGCUACAGGCUGCGGUAGCUGGGUAUGGACCGUCCUGGUCUGAAGUUGCGAGCGCCAUGCCUGGCCGAACGCACGAACAAUGUCGCGAGCGAUGGCAGGUGCAUGGAACGACUGAAGGCAAAGAAAUGGAAGGCUGGGAUGACGAGGCUGACGAACAACUCGCCGAGGCGGUGGAAAAAGUCGGCAAGAAAUGGAAAGUGGUGUCUGGUCUGAUCGGCAAAUCAGGAAAUACGUGUCGUAUUCGUUACGAGGAACUUAUUCAAUCAGGCGUCCUUCGUUCUGGAGCUAACUCACCGGUCCCUGAAUCCGUGCAAGCCACUCCUCAGCCUACACGUGACCACACUCUUCAAGGUGAUGUUGCUGCACAAGCUGCUCGUCCCCAACCAAGGAGAGCCCAGCCCACAAAGAAGGUCGCUUCGGCCAAGGAAACUCAAGAACCAGUCGGAGAUGUCACGUCGAAGGCAAAAAAAGGACGUCCGCCGCAGAAACCCACAGCUUCGUCGAAGAAGCGCAAGGCAGCCGACUCCGAGGACAGCGAUUCGGGCCCAUCGAGCAAGCGACCUCGGCAGUCCGCUGUAAGAGGCCCAGCUCAGCCGACUGCGGCUGGAGUAAAAGCUCAAGCUCGCAUGACCAAGUUCGAAAACUUGCCGCGAAGGCGUUCUUCCCGAUUCCAAACGUCCACCGCGGCUGACGAGAGCAAUGCGAAUUAAGAACAAACAAUAUACAGCAUCGUAGCAACCCUUCCCGAAUUAUCCUGAGUGUGAAGUCUUUGCGCGCUUGCGUGUCAGUUUCCAUCGCUUUCGAGGAUGGAGGUAGGUUUCGCAGUUGACAAUGUGUCCCAACAAUUCACCAUCUUCUUGGCCUUGGGCAUCUUCCGUGGCGAUCAUCAGGUUUUUCAAUGACGUCUGGACUCUUGCGGCAGUUUCGAGUUUCUUUUCCAGUGUAGGAAUAGCAGCUCGUUUUGGCGGCGAUGCCUGGGAAUCACACAUGAGAGCAGAAGAUGGUUGGGAGACACACGACUUGCCGGUGUCCGCAGGUAUGUGUGCUUCGGUGGCAACGUGGGGUAAGUGUGCGGAAGCCCUCUCAGACUCAAAGGAAUUGCGGGUUGAGUUUCAUCGUCUGAAGGUAGCCGUUCCGGAGAUGGUGAACGCGAGGGCGCAGGGUCAAGAGUUGGUGCAGAUCGUGCUGCAGUGGGUCAGUGCUCGAACGAAAGCAUCAGAGUUCUUGAGGAGGCACCCUUUCCCUUCUUCUUCCUUCUGGCAAGUUUCUUCCGUAAAGGUCUGAGCUCCUCUGGUGGAAGGCCGAAUUCGUCAGACGCGAGAAUUAGGUCGGUUACGAUGGCGGAGGAGCGGUUAGAAAGGUUCGCAUAUUGAUGUGCACGUUCAUAGAGACGCUCGAUAACUGUCCGACCCGAUUAGACAGUGUCAAGACACAGAGCUGAACUCGAACAAGCCACCACAUUUCUUUCCAGCAGUUCCACUGGCUUCGACUGCGCGCUCGCGAAUCCUGCGGCCUUCAAUUCGGAUACUAUCAGCCGUUGGACCACGCCCGAAGCCACCGCGGGUGUGAUAGACGUGAGAUCCGGGGGAGGUGGAGGCAAAUCAGCGGGAGGGGGAGUUGCAGGCUUCGGCGGCGGAGCGGGAGGGAGAUGAUAGCUCGCAAAGUAGCUCUGUGAAUAGCCGGGAAUUUGCGUGGAAUAUUGAGCAUAUGGAUUGUAGGAUCCCGCAGGAGCAGGAGCAGGCGUAGCCGGCGUCUGGUACGCGUAGUAUGACGAGGGUGGAGGAGGCUGACUCUGCAUCGCGAGUCGUCGAACUGGAAAGGGACACACAGCUUCGCUUACUACUAGGUCGUUGUUGGCAUCAAGGUCAUGAGUCAGCGCUACCAGAUUAUCUUGAUCAUAACUCGCCUCAUUAUCAUGUCACACAUCCCACUUUGUUUCUACUCCCAUGCCCACCGCAGCCGAACAAGCACAGCUAGCUGAGCGUCCUGAAGCGCCUCAGAAGACCUCCGAGUUUCGGCUUUCCCGUCCUGAAAUCGUAGGGCCGGAUCUACCUGAAGCUCCGUUUCCCAUCUUCCUGUCGGGACCCGUGCAACGAGGAUUCGGUCGUGGGGGGAAGGAGUUGGGAUGCCCCACUGCCAAUCUACCAGACGAAUCGAUUACUGUCAUGAGCACCGUGGCGAAAACCGGAGUCUACUACGGUUAUGCGCAGGUACUGCCGUCUAAAGACGGCCCCUCAGAGAUGAGUCAGGAGGAUCGCAGCGUGCAGCCCAUGGUUAUGAGCCUCGGAUGGAAUCCAUUCUAUAAAAACGAGCGCCUCACAGCCGAAAUUCACAUCAUGCACGAAUACCACUCCGACUUCUAUGGCUAUGAGAUGAAAGCCAUCGUGCUGGGCUACAUUCGGCCAGAGCUUGAUUAUACAUCUAGGGAGGCAUUGAUAGAAGACAUAGAGAUGGACAAACGCGUCGGAUUCAAUUCGCUGCAGCGGGAGGCGUAUUUGAAGUACAGCAGCGACGCGCACUUCGAGCCGACAGCAAAGCUAUAGAGUAUAGAAGUACUUUUCUGAGCGGCCGCAGGACUAGAAUCGAAUUUCAGGACCAACUUCAUCAUUGACAAGAAAUACACACCGACGUCUACCGUCUCUUCAUCUUUCUUGACCGCGUUCCUCCAAUUUUGAUGGGAGUGCGGUCCGUGAUGGACACUACAUUGCCUCGUACUUUUUCUCCUUGUUCCGUCAUGAGCGCCUUGAGCAUCGCGUCUCGCCCCUGACCAUAGCCCUUCAAGAACAGAUCCACCUUGACCCCUUCUCCCUGCGUCAAAACAGGAGCCAUGCUCUCGAACAUCCGCACAGCGCAUUGGUACCCUGCCUCAUACGACGAGCGGUUGUGUUUUUUGAACCCACAUGAACCGCCGGAAAACCAUGAAAUAGUGUUCCCGUUGGGAUCCGUAAAAGUAUUGAUGGUAUUUCUGUUUGUCGAAUGACAGUGCAGGCGAUGCGGGAUGACUCGUUCUUUCCUUAGCGGCCCUACUGGUACUAUGUCGGAGAGUUCAGCGCGCUUGGAGAUAUCCUGAGAAACCGUGGACAUGUAUUGGCCGACAUCCAUGGCACCGGAGGGUUCAGUGGGGUAUGCAUGCAGAGGUGCCGCGGGGGAAGGCGACGCGUCGAAUGUUUCGUGAGGAUUUCCUACAUCUGGGAGCUUCCCCGCCAACCGAGGAAAAGAGACAGUGAAAGAACGCCGAGCCACAGACCGCAGCGGUGGAGGUCGCAAAAGUGCGGCCAACAUGAAGGUCAAAUCCAAAAGCAGUCAACUGUUACAAACACCGAUCUCACUUCCCGCCACCAUGUCGUUCUCCACGACUCUCUACAACAACGUCUUCAGGCGAAACAGUGUCUUCGUCACCACCGUUUUCGCCGGCGCAUUUGUGUUUGGGAUAGGCUUCGACACGGCUGUGACCACUUUCUAUGACCGCUGGAAUAAGGGCAAACAAUGGAAGGAUAUUCGCAGCAAGUAUGUCGAGGCUGCGGAUGAGUAGACCUAUCCUUACACUUCAAAAUUGCACAAUAUAGAACACGCAUUGGAGUCUGGGAAAUCUGAGGUCUUGCUGCUCGACCAGGAUCGCUUGACCAGGACCUGAUCGUUAAGUACUCUGGUGAUCGAACGAGGUUCCAUAGCUUGAAUCCUUGAAUCUUUGCCGUCCUCUACUUGUCCUCUACCGCAUUUUUGUAUUCGAAACUAUUGCCAGAGGUCGGACAUAACCGGAGUCCGGACCAUCCCCAUGCGUGACGCAUGUGCUUGUUACGUCACGCCUUGAGACAGUCCGCUUCCUAUUCUGCGGUGACCCUUGCCGGACCCAUUCCAAAGUUUGAACGCAGAUUGUUGUCGCGUUCGCCAUCACGCCUCCAUGGACUGCUCCACUUCACCUCAGAACGGCUCCACCGCAGAGGACCCCGCUGCGGGGAAAAUUUCCGCAUACUACUCUCUUGUCUUUCCGACUGUCACAUUCUAUGUUCGCACUCUAUCGGUUACUAUCGGACGACGCUGUAGCCCCAGCUCUGGGUCCAGCUCCGCCCCAGAUGGCCCACAGGUCGACGUGGACCUCGGUGCUUUGAAGAGCGUCUCUCGUUUACAUGCCAAGAUAGAAUACGACCAGGAAGAAGACCGUUUCGUUCUCAUUGUGGUCGGAAGAAAUGGAGCAUGGGUAGAUGGAGUGUGGUCUGCGCGCGGGUCUCGGACGCCACUCGGCGAAAGGUCACAAAUUCAAAUCGCUUCACGAACGUUCCACUUUGUAUUACCACCACCUCCCCCGCCAGAAGACAGCCCGUCUCCUAGCUCACGUUCCUCGACCAACCGCCCGCUUUCGCCGUCUGUCGAUAUCGACGUCGCGUCUCUCUCACCACCUUCUUCUCCCCAAUCACGCUCCCCGCCACCGGUCAACGCCAAGCCUCUGACGCCUCUGAGAGACCCGCAAAUCAGUGCGUCCAAAUCACCAGGCAGCAAAGUCACUACGAAGAAAAGGAAGAAAUUGGAGCUGUCCUCGCCACCCUUGCCCCCCAAGCCCAAAUUACCGCCUGGAGAAGUCCCGGAGAAACCCGCUCUCACUCUACGACAAUUGAUUCUUCUCGCAAUCAAGGGUCUGGAUGGGAAAGGAACAUUGCAAGAGAUAUGCAAUUGGAUCAUGAAAGCUUACGAACACUACCAGCACGUGGACGAUAAAUGGAUGAGUUCCGUGCGGCACACUCUCUCAUCCGAUAAACACUUCACGAAGUUGGAGCGUUCCACCCAGGGCAAAGGGUUCUUUUGGACGAUCAACGAGGCCGUCGAAGAGCAGACAAUCGCCCGCGAGACCAGGGUCGAUAAGGCGGCUGCGGAUGUAGCUUUCUUUUCCCCGCUCGGGGGGAAGCGACCAACUUGGUCAGCUAAAGCAAUUCCUUCUGUGUUACCCUCGGCGCCGGAGACCGCCCAAGCGAAACGGCCAACGUGGUCCGCCAAAGCAAUUCCUCCAGUCCCGAUAUCAGCGCCGGCGCCAGUCGAAGACAAGCGGCCGACGUGGGCUGCCAAAUCAAUCCCGUCAGCGACAACAAGCGUCCCUAUUUCCCUAUCGCUGGCAAGGCCUCAUGUUGUGGCUACACCCAAGCCUGCGUUGUCUAUGAAUCCUCUUCCUCAUGGUCUAUACACGUACACGGUGCCCAAACCGACCGCCAAACCACCGUACCCAGCGUUAACGCAGAGUAGGGUGAACCUACUGACCACCACCACACCGAAACCCGCAAUACCUGUUGUUCCUGCCGCUCCCAUUCGUGCUGUACCUAUCCCUACUUUACCCGCUAAACCGACAACUGGAACUCAUAAACCUGCAUCGACACCACCCGCGCAUAUGACUGCUUCGCCGGCAAGCACCUCGGCAGAUGUGUCGGUACCCAUUAUUCUGGGCCCCAUUCCUGCUACACACCCCGACUACUCCCCGUCUCAUCCGAAUAAUUCUGUUAAGGAGGGCUAUAUGGUCUUGCACGAGCGCACUCUGAUACUGGACCCGACUGUCUUCAACGGCCUGGGCACCGAUACUUUGAAGGAAUUGGAGAAAUUGGGGGCCAGGAAAGCACUCGCAGUUCUAGCUGGUCACAUGGUCCGUGUUCUCAAGGAAAGGCGAGCUCUGGCAGCUCGUGGGCGGCCCCGAGGUCGUGGCCGUCCCAAGCCAGGAAUGCCCGGUCGUUCAGCGAUCGUUCCACUGGCGGCGGUUGGCGUCCCAGAAACCACGGGACUCGGUCUCGCCGAUUCGCCCCUUAUCAUUGUCGAUGAUUCCGAUGGUGAGAGUCAACCUGCUCCCAAGCGGCAGAAGACCGAGAUAGCUUAGCACUCUUGUAGAUUAGUCGCAUUGUAUAUUUCGCAUAAUAUGUAUUGUUACG